UCAACUUAUCCUACAGAAAAGUACACACACAGAGAUAAGACUGAGAACAGUCAUGUGCUGACAAUCGUGGUGACAAUGCCUCUCAAGCUGGAACUCUGACACUGACCAACCUAGUAAUUUGUAUAUUGACGGGUGGUCUAUUGGUGUAUUUCCCUUAACAAAACACGGACUACAAAGUCGAAGAGACCUUCAACCUUCAACUACAACUUUCAUCUAUCUUGUUUGAGUAGCUAUGUGUUUUCAUGGUCUUGGGAUAUACCAACAGCUGACCACCACGUACCGUGUGUUCCCUGGGAAAUGAAGCAACCUGCAGAAGUGCUCCGUAAUCAGCUGAAAUAUAGGUUCAUGGUGUCUGUAUCUUCAAGGAUAUACCCAUCGAUGCAAGACUGAUGAUGAUACAUGUGAGAUGAUUGUAGUGAUCGAUAUAUGAUUUAUACACACGGUGAUACAGGUAACAACAGCGGAAAUACAUGAUUGUUAUACCAGAUGAUACAAGUGACUAAACAUGAGAAGAUACUUCGAGAAGACAUACAAGUAUAUGUCGAAGCUCUUACCACAUUCAACGUACAGAGAGUGCUUUCGACAACUGAAAGGACACCCAAAAUGACCAAACACUCUCGUAUCCUGAAUACUGUUGUUAUAUCCUACACCCGAUGAUACAAAGUGUGAUACAUACGAUGAUACAUGGAUGUUACUAAUUUAUCUGACGUCAUCAACGUGACUACCUCCUGUCCUGUACCAUCACUACAUCUUCACCUUGCUUCUGUACCAGCUCCUGCCAGGCGCGUGUUAGCAUCUUUCCUGUUGUUGACGAUGACAAUCGCGUUUGGCGGGAACUUUGUCGUCUGCUGGAUUGUGUACCGGAAACCAGCCAUGAGAUCCGCCAUCAACCUGCUACUGGCACAUCUUGGCCUGACUGACAUAUGUCUGUCGUCCGUCUCUAUUCCAGUAGCAGUGACCGGUCUGUUAUCAGGACGUUGGAUCCUAGGACACACAGAGUGUGUCAUGACCGGUUUCUUUCACAGCCUUCUGAACACAGUCGGCAUCUAUACACUGCUGGCGAUCAGUGUAGACAGGUAUCUUAUCAUUGUCAGCAGGACAGAGAAGCUGACGGUUACUAGGGCCAAGAUCAUCAUCCUGCUUUCAUGGGCAGUAGCAGGUAUACUGACCUUCCCCCCUGUUGUUGGCUGGGGUGAGUACCGCCCGGAAGUGCAAAUCCUGUGCAGCGUGGGACGAUCACGUGGUGUGGGUGAUGCGGUGUAUGUGAUGCUUGCAACUGUCCUCACAACAUUCGUGCCGCUUCUGCUGAUGUUCCAUUCUUUUCUAUGCAUUAUGGUUACCAUGAGGAAGAAGUGUUCCCGCGUUCAGGAUCAACCACAUGGCGUUUGUAUAUCCUACAACAGAAAGGUUGUCACCGCAACUCUCGGUACCGUCCGAAGAUUGAAAAUUGACGUUGGAUUCAAGACCAGGUCUUUCAAGACGAUCCUGCUACUCUUUGUGGUGUUGACAAUUUGCUGGGCCCCUUACAGCACGUGGAUGAUGCUGAACAGCUUGGUCCAGGAAGACUCGUCCAAUUGGGGGCCUCUUCUCUCAUGUGUUUGUUCAUUAAAGGCAGCCAUUAAUCCAAUAAUUUACUUUGCUCGCAUCAAGAAGUUCAGGGAAGCAUGUCUCAGUUUUGUUCCCAGAUUCUGUUGGCAGGUGUCGUGUGUGCCUACAUCUCUGCGGAGAAAGGUCAAACCAAGCACUGUGUAUGAAACCAGGGAACAUCCUUCAAGUCAAUGUACACGAAGUUGAAUACGGAAUGCUGAGUGACAAGAGAUUCACAGCCAUGGGGCAUUUAAUAGUCUGUCAUACACAAAUAUACUCUGAAAUUGAAAGUCUCUACUCUGAUAAUGGAGAGCUCCUUUUAUUUAUAUACUCAAGGGCAAAGGUUAGUGUAAUCAAUACAUUUGUUUAUAUAGAUGAGAAAAGGUUUAUAAUGCAUUUUAAUAUUCUUUAUAAUAACUUAAUCCAUAACCCAAGCAGGGCCCUGUCGAUAGUUUUGUUUUGCAUGUGUUUUUCGUGCUUUCAAGAAGUCCGUGGAAAAAAAGGCAUAAAACGGCAUUUCUCAAAGCCACAGCUAACUGAAGAUGAAAGAUGGCGGGCCAUUGGAAUACUUGAAACCGGAACACGAGUCCGGUUUCCUCUUGUACCGCGCUGAUGGCCGAACCCGAUCUGUCCUCUAUCGAACACGUCUGGGACGAAAUGGAGAGGAGAUUGUAACGUUGGCCAAAUCCUCCAGUUACGCUUCGGGAUCUCCGCCAGGUGCUUCCACAGAUAUGGAAUACCAUAACACAAGACUUCUUGCGACGUUUGAUUGGCUCUAUGAAGCGCAGGUGUCAAACAUUCAUCAAUGCUCAAGGUGGACAUACACGUUAAUGACUGUGUGAAUUUCAUUUUGAAAUUGUGGAAUGAUUUUAUAGCCAUAUUAAAAAUUCUCAUCAUAAAAAUAUUAGUUGUUAAUCUAACUUCAAGACAAUCACAAUAAAUUUUGCCUUUGAGUAUAUUUUAUUACUAUAAUCUGGGUCAUUUUUCUGUAAAAUAUGUUCAUUUUAGAUGUUAGUCCAGACAUUUGGAUGUUACUAUGCCUACUACGCAGUUACUAUGCAUCCAAAUUACUGUACGAAUGUGAACACUAUUGUUUAACUAACCUGAUGGCCAUAUCUGACAAAGAUCUGCGGUGGAUAUAUUUUGACAAGUAAAGGUUCUUACAAGGGAAUGAAGAAGGGUGUGCAGAAUUUAGCAAGGGUAUGUACAGUGAUGUAUGUCACAAGGGUCUGUGGAGAGGCGAAUGUGCCAGGGGUCCGUCGAGUGAUGACCAGGGGUCCAUCAAGUGAUGAAUGUGCCAGGGGCCAUCGUGUGAUGAAUAUAUACCUAUCGAGAUGAUAUGAAUAUGCCAGAAGUGUAUCGGGUUGAUAUGAAUAUAUACGUCAGGGGUCUCUAGAGUAAAAAAGGGUUGCUAUGGUGAUGAAUGUGCAAUGGGUCGCUAUAGUGAUGAAUGUGCAAAGGAUCUAUAGUGAUGAAUGUGCAAAGGAUAUCUAUAGUGAUGAAUGUGCAAAGGGUCUCUGUAGUGGUGAAUGGGGAAAGGGUCUCUAUGGUGAUGAAUGUGCAAAAGAGUCUAUGGUGAUGAAUGUGCAAAAGGAUCUCUAUGGUGAUAAAUGUGCAUAGGGUCUCUAUGGUGAUGAAUGUGCAGAGGGUCUCUAUGGUGAUGAAUGUGCAGAGGGUCUCUAUGGUGAUGAUUAUGCAAAGGGUUUCUAUGGUGAUGAAUGUGCAGAGGAUCUCUAUGGUGAUGAAUGUGCCGAAGGUAUCUAUGGUGAUGAAUGUGCAGAGGGUCUCUAUGGUGAUGAAUGUGCCCAUGGUCUCUAUGGUGAUGAUUGUGCAGAGGGU